GACAGAUCAGAGGCCGGCUGACCGAAGUGGCCGACCUGACAACUUUGGAUUUUUCACGCUAUCUCUGUGUUUUUCCCUCCCUCUCUCUCUCCCCCGCAAAGGAGGUGACCACGACCACCAACAACGAAAGAGAGACCAGGAUGGACGGAUCAGGACUCAAGGGGCUCGAGUCGCUGGCGCUCAAUCCGGCCUACCAUGAUCUCUUUACUGUGCUCAAGGCCGCGCGCAACGGCCUCGUGUACGGCGCAAAGAUCCGCUUCCCGCACGCCCUCGUCAUGACCUUUCUCUUCGGCCGCGGGUCGCCGCGCCAGAAGCUGCAGUUCAUCUACCGGGCCACGCGGCAGCACGCGCUCAACCUGUGCAAGUUUGCGAGCCUGUACAAGGCGACGACGAUUCUCCUGCGCCGCACCAACGGCGGCAAGCCGCGCAGCCUCGACAGCUUCCUGGCCGGCUGCCUCGGCGGCUGGGUCGUCUUUGGCGAGCGCAACGCCGUCAACGAGCAGAUCGUCCUCUACUGCAUCGCGCGCUGCGUCUCGGCCAUGCUUCCGCGCGACCCCGUGCCCGAGACCUACCCGGCGACCAAGCCGAUCCCGACGGACAAAAAGACAUUCGAGUACUUUGCUGCCUUUGUCUGGGGCAGCGUCAUGUGGCUCUUUGCCGAGCGCCGGCAGAACCUCCAGGCGGGCCUGGUCAACUCGAUGGACUAUCUCUACGUCAAUGCGGAGAAGUGGAACGACCUCCGGACACUCUUCUGGCACAACUCCUAGUAGCAGGAGCACACACGCAUAGAUGGCUUUUUCAUGAUUCUUAUUCUUGCGUAUAUUGAUGGCAAUGAAUGCUGUACC